CAGGUGAAACGGAAACCGAGAAGGCAGGGUUGAGCGGCGAACCACGGAGUAGAAAGCAACACCUGCUUCGGACCAGUCUCAAUUCUAAGCACAAACUCCUCACCGAAGCUAUUUCUUGAAGCUUGACCUUGCUGGACCUCUGUAGUUAGGGCCAGUGCAUAAUGGCCGGUACAAGGAAUUACGACUUUUUGAUCAAACUGUUGUUGAUUGGUGACUCGGGUGUCGGUAAAUCUUGCUGUCUGCUGCGAUUCAGCGAGGACUCAUUCACUCCGUCGUUCAUUACCACUAUUGGCAUUGAUUUUAAGAUCCGCACUAUCGAACUCGAUGGCAAGCGCGUGAAGCUCCAAAUAUGGGAUACGGCUGGGCAAGAGCGAUUCAGAACGAUUACAACAGCUUACUAUAGAGGAGCAAUGGGGAUUCUCCUGGUUUAUGAUGUCACUGAUGAACGGUCGUUCCAAAAUAUCCGCACAUGGUUUUCCAAUGUGGAGCAGCAUGCAAGUGAAGGUGUUCACAAGAUACUCAUUGGCAACAAGUGUGAUUGGGAAGAGAAGCGAGCAGUAUCGACCGAGCAAGGCCAGCAGCUAGCUAACGAGCUGGGUAUUCCAUUUCUAGAAGUCUCGGCCAAGAACAACAUCAACAUUGAAAAAGCUUUCUAUGAUCUUGCUUCAGAUAUCAAGAAAGGAAUGGAUUCAUCAAAGUCUGAGCAGGUCAGCUCUCAGGGCGUUAGUAUAGACCAGCAAGGCUCUGGCUUGAACGGCAACACAAGCGGAAAGUGUUGCUAAUUCAAAUUCUCCAACUCUGAAAGCUUCAAGUUCUCUCCCUCUUGUUCCUCUGUGGCCCUACACCUUGCCCCACAUGUGGCCGAGCACGUGUCAUGGAUGGUAUAUACCAAAGCUCUCAUACUC